AUGGCUGCAGAGACAAAUCCCAAGCGUUGCAAGACCGACGUGUGUCAGCUCAAGCUGCGCAGCCAAGAGCUCACCGGCGAUGCAUCGCUCGAUGGCGCCGAUCCCGAGUGGCUCCGCCGGACCGGCAGCCGGGCCCAGCUGUAUGCAGCUGGUUAUAGCAAGGAAGACUUUGCCAAACCCAUCAUCACCGUUGCCAGCCCAUACAUGUCCAUCCACAUGUGCAACCAAAAGUUUCGUGAGCUCGCCGAUGUUGUUGGAGCUGAGAUUGAGGAGAUGGGCAUGAAGGCCUUUGUCAGCCACCAGCCCGUCAUCUCAGAUGGCCAGACCAUGGGCACCAGUGGCAUGCGCUACUCGCUACCCAGCCGGGACUUGAUCGCCGAUUGUAUUGAGACCAUGCAUGAAGGCUAUCGCGCCGACGGCCUGGUUGUUCUCUCGGGUUGCGACAAGACCCAUGCGGGCGUGCUGAUGCCCAUCCUGCGCUACAAUCAAGUCGGCAUUGUGGUGUACGGCGGCACUGGGCGCUCAGGGGAGCACAAUGGCGAAAAGCUCAGUGCUGGCACUCCCUUUGAGGGGUUGGGAAAGUUUUCCAAAGGCUUGAUUGAUCUUGAAGACCUGAACAAGCUCGAAUGCAACUCUUGUCCCGGUGUGGGCACUUGCUCGGGCAUGUACACGGCAAACACCAUGAGCACAUGCCUCGAAGCGUUGGGCAUGAUGCUGCCUGGAACAAGCUGUGAUCCUGCGGCCCAGGAGGACUUUCGCACGAUCAACCCCAAGAUCAUCCAGUCCUGUAAAGCGUCGGCCCGUGCUCUCCAAACUCUCAUGGAACAUCGCAUCACGGCUCGCCAAAUCUGCACGCGUGAGGCCUUUGAGAACGCCAUUACAGUGCUGAUGGCCCUGGGAGGCUCCACCAACGGCGUGCUGCACCUCAUUGCUCUUGCACGAGAGGCUGAGGUGAGCUUGGACGUCCACGAUUUCAACACCAUCGGCGACCGCGUGCCAUACAUUGGUAACCUGGCACCUUCGGGCAAGUACAAUGUCAUGGACUUGGCCCCGGUGGGUGGCUUGCCCGCCGUGAUGCGAGCGCUGCUGGAUGCGGGGCUCCUGCAUGGAGAGUGCUUGACGGUCACUGGCAAGACAGUGGCCGAGAACCUCGCCCACGUGGCCCCGCCCGCAAGCACUCAAGACGUCGUGUACCCAGUGGACAAGCCCAUCUCACCAGCAGGGCGGCAUAUUCGCAUCCUGAAGUGUUCAGCCUCAAGUGCUAUGCGCAAACCACAGGGCUCGCUGUGCCCGGGCGGAGCUGUGAUCAAGCUCUCGGGCAAGGACAUCCCGUCGCACCGAGGUCCUGCACGUUGUUAUGAUGAUGAAAAGGCUGCGUACGAAGCCAUCAUGGCUGGGAAGAUCAAGGCUGGUGACUGCCUCAUCAUUCGUUACCAAGGCCCAGCCGGCGGGCCGGGCAUGCCCGAGAUGUUGAGUCCGGGCAGUGCGCUUGUCGGUGCUGGCCUGGGCAAAUCGGUGCCACUCAUCACGGACGGCCGUUUUUCAGGCGCUUCACAUGGCAUUAUGAUUGGGCACGUCGUACCCGAGGCGCAUCGGGGUGGUCCACUGGCCUUGGUCGAGGAUGGGGACAUGGUCAGCUAUUCACUGGCUUCUCUGGAGCUGAACAUCGAAGUGUCGCCGGAGACUCUGGAGCAACGUCGUCAAAACUACACGCUGCGGGCGCCACCCUGUCCCGAACGCAGUUGGUUGGGUCGCUAUUCCAAGCACGUUGCCAGUGCUUCGGAGGGGCGAAGCUUGGGCCGCACACCAACUCCUACAGGUUUGGUCAACAUGAGAGAGUCGUGCGAGUGGCAGUGGGGGGCAUGCGGUUGCCCUGAACAAGAAGCGCACCAGCUUGACGCGGCCUUGCUCUUGCGCGCUGCCCGUGUUGAUGUGCAAAUUACCUUCGUCAUCCAAGUGCAAAUGAGGCUCAGCUGCCACGACUACCAGAACGACAAGCACGGGCCCGAGGCCAGCACUGCAGGCCUUGAUCCAAGCAACCAUGAUCCCUGUCACGCCCUCCCGCCCUUCCACUCCUCCUGCACAAACUACAUAAACAUCUUCAUAAAGUUACUGUGUGUAUGUGUGUGUGUGUGUGUGUGUGUGUGUGUGUGUGUGUGUGUGUGUGUGUGUGUGUGUGUGUGUGUGUGUGUGUGUGUGUGUGUGUGUGGUGAAAACGUGUUUUACACACACAGAGAUACUUGCGACCAUCAGAAGAUGCGGACGGGAACGGCAGCGGCGGCUGUGGCCGUAGUGGCGGCCUUGUAUUAUAUGGCGUUCGAGUGGCCGCGCGUCAAGUUUCCUGUUCAUACGUCGGGGGCCGUCAUUGUCACGGGGGCUUCCACUGGCAUUGGCUUUUCUACUGCGCGCUUCUUGGCCGAACGAAGCGACUUUGUCGUGUAUGCUGGCGUUCGUUCGAACAAGGCAGCAGAUCGCAUCACGAGUCAAGGCCUUUCCAAUUUGAAGCCCGUGCUGCUUGACGUGACCAGUGAUGAGUCAGUCCAGGCUGCUGUGCAAGCCGUGGUCGAUGAUGGACAUCCUCUCGUUGGCUUGAUCAACAAUGCCGGCAUUUCCAUCCAGCGACCCGUGGAAAUGGCAACCUUGGCCGACUUUCAACGCGUCAUGGACGUCAACCUCUACGGUGUACUUCGCAUGGUCCAAGCGACUGGCGAACAGCUGCGUGCUCACCAAGGGCGCAUCAUUAACAUUGGCUCCAUUGUUGGCCUCAUCGCUUCUGCCAGCGCUCAACCUUAUGGUGCGAGCAAGUUUGCGCUCGAAUCGGUGACGCACAGCUUGCGUGAGGACAUGCAGCAGUUCAACGUUUCCGUGUCCAUGAUCAACCCGGGGGCCAUCAAGACGGAUUUGGGGGGUAAAAUUGAGACCAGCUUUGAGCAGCUGCCCUCUGAAACCGCCCACCUUGAAGCCGUGUACGGCAAGCUGAUGACCAGCGUACGUGCACUCGCUGCCAAGGCGUUUCGACUGGGUGCUGAACCCGAGGACGUGGCCAUCGACGUCAUGCAUGCGCUGACAGCCCCUUAUCCCCGCACGCGCUACGUCAAUGGCAAUGCCCUGGAAGCCCCGGCGUGGGUGGCAACAGGCAUCGCCUGGUUCUUUCCACAGCGCCUGGCGUCGCUCCUGGGCAACCCGAUUGCGCUGGCGGAAAAUUUGUGAAGCCCC